AUGGCUAAUUCUCAAGAAACACAGGCCGAAGCAGCGAAAAAGGCGAAACUUCUCAUGGUGCAAUCUAUGAAAGACGAAGGUGUUUGGCAACAGCUGCUGCUCAGAACAGAGCAAGAAGCCAAUGAGGAAAAGCCUGCAGAAGAGAACGAGCCAUUCCUGACAAGGCGUAUUACGGGGCCUGCCAUCCGAGAUGACAUGUACUUUGCACUCAGCGAUGCAAGAGAAGCAUUAGAGUCAGCUCAUCUCAAGGUAACGAAAAAGGUACCCUUCUACCUCAGAAAACCUACUACGACCAAUUUACCGUUAUCGACCAAAAUUCGUGGCACGUCUUUCACCAAUGAACAACGACAAAAAUUCGAGCAUCGACUGCGCCGUUCCAGACAAGCAGCGCAAGACUCCAAGGAUCCGCGGUUCCAGAGCAUUAAAAGGAUCAGAAAGGGCUUACCUGUUAGCUCACAACCUUACGCGCAGUCCGUGGUUGAACUCAUCAGAAAAAACGCCUUUAGCAUUAUCGUUGCAGAGACUGGAUCUGGAAAGUCAACCCAGAUUCCUCAGAUCCUUCUUGAUACCGCGAUAGACAACUCUGUUGGCGCGGAUUGUCAAGUAUUAUGUGUUCAGCCACGGCGAAUUGCGGCAAAGAGCUUGGCAACUCGGGUUGCCGCAGAAAGACUUGAGAAAGUUGGUGAAACUGUGGGUUAUAUUCUGCGAGACGAUGCCGUGCUGCCAUCUCCGGGAGGAAAUAUCACCUACUGCACCUCAGGAGUUUUGUUGAAAAUGUUGAGGGGUGGGCUUCAGGUCCUAGGACAGUACAGCCAUAUCAUCCUUGACGAAGUUCACGUCCGUGACGCGGCACUUGAUCUGAUAUUGAUGCUCAUCAAGAUCCGCAUUGAACAACUAAAGAGUGCUGGCGCUCGAGUGCCAACAGUCGCUGUCAUGAGCGCAACGGUCGAUGUGAAUCUCUUUUCUUCCUAUUUCUCUACCAAGGCACCGGAUGGAACACUUGUGCCUGCUCCUCAUAUUCAAAUUCCUGGACGCACCUUCGAUGUGAAGAAGCAUUAUCUUCAAGAAGUGCUUGAGGAUAUCACCCAUAAUUUAUCUCCAGAGGCUAUAUCUGGGCUUAUUCAGGUUCCUGAUACAAAGCUAUUUCUGGAGGACCAUUUCAAAGCCUUUGGGGAACUCAAUAAAGAUGCAGCGGAUGAACCUGAACGUAUUUUACCGUCGGUUUCGUCUCUUGAUGGGCGAACAGUACCUUCUGGGUUGAUUUCUGCGGCUGUUCUCUCGGUACUUUCAUCGACUCAGACGGGGUCUAUUCUUGUCUUUGUUCCCGGUAUCCAAAACAUAUUUGAUGUGGAAAGGCACAUCACAAAUCAUGGUGUUGGGCUAGGGUUGAACUUCCAUGACAGCAAUCAGCUCAGAAUAGUGAAGCUUCAUGCACAGUUGCCAGAGGAACAGGUCGAGUUGCGUCGUGAUAUGCCUCGCGGUUGUCGAAGGGUCAUCAUUGCAACUGACAUCGCUGAGGCAUCUCUCACCAUACCAGAUGUGCGAUACGUUGUCGACUCUGGUAAGGUGAAUCAGACUGGGUUUUCUGGCCUCACGGCAACUGAAUCAGUAGCACCGUGCUGGAUCAGUCAGCACGCUGCAUUCCAACGCGCAGGACGUGCCGGAAGAGUUCAGGCUGGAGAUUACUAUUUCCUUGGUCUUCAAAAGCGGUUCGAUUCCCUUCCAACGUCUAGAGCAACAGAUAUCAGACGGAUGGACAUAAAAUCAUUAUGCUUGCAAGUCAAACGAUCAACUCCUGGAAUUCCAGGGACCAUCUCAGAGUUACUCGAUCGACUGCUUGAACCACCAGAGAAAUCAGAGGUGGAUUUGGCAGUAGCAGCUUUGAAGGAUUUGAAAGCGCUGGAUGAAAACGAAGAACUCACCCCCCUUGGUCGCUAUCUAGAGGAUCUCAAUAUUCACCCGAGCUAUGCCAAAAUGGUCAUUUUGGGCACGGUCUUCGACUGUUUGGACCCUAUGGUUAUCUUUGCGGCACUCGAGAAGAACAUGAAUAUAUUUUUGCGAAGUCCUGACCCUGACUUGAAGUUGAAGGUCAAAGAAUCGCGCCAGGCUUUCGGCAAGGGAACAAAUAAUCCUCGCUACGAAGUCCUCGAAGCAUUCCGAGCCAUUCGAGAGGUGGACCAUAAAAAAGGUUCUCGAGAAGCUGCCCGGUUUGCCAACGACCGAUAUAUCAACUUUAGGCAGUUCAAAAGUGCCUUGCGAGAUACCGAGCGAAUCACACAGACGCUGGAUCGUUUCCGAAUGACAGAUGCGAAGACCUUGAGUGAGAAGAAUGCAAGCGGGAGACUUGGCGACGACUCGAUCAACCAGAAUUCGGAGAACCUCCCCCUCUUAACAGCCUUGUUGACGCAUUGUCUCUCCCCUAAUUUGGCCGUAAAAGGCCUUGGCCGGUUACAAUUUAUGACCAAGCACAAACGGAUAAGCUUCGUACUGCCCAAAGAAAAACGAGAAGCCUUCAGGAAGCGACAGGUUAUGUCUAUUUACAACUACUUAUGGUCAGUGCCACAUAAGGCUUCAUGCAUGAGAGAUCGGUUCAACGUCCGUCCCUUGACGACAGCCCUUUUUGGAACUCGAUUAGAGCGGACAGGCAAAGACGAACUUCUCAUGAACGACUGGGCAUUCUUGAAACCACAAACUGAAAUGAAGGCCGAUGAAAUCCUUGAUAACAUCGUCCAGCUACACAAAGUCUUCAAUGAGGUUCUUGAGACUGUCUUUGUUACCAUGGGUCGCAGAAAGUCGAGAUCUGUCCAAAUUCAAGCUAUCUUGAACAAUCUGCGCAAACAGCUUGUGCAAUCAAUGAUCACGAUCAUUGAGUUGGAUGUUGAACAGCGUCGUCAUAGAGCUCCUACCAAAUGGAAGGACGAGGGCAUCUUCAUUGAGGACCGAGAAGAUGAGGAGUGGGAGGACGAUACUGAGGCUUCCGAGGUGGAUCCCAGCAUUGAUUCCAGCACGGAGUCUAGCAUGGACAGGGAAGACAUAUAG